CAACAACAUUUAGAAGCACAUUUGAACAUAAGCACGGAAGAAUUAGUAAAAAGAGUGCGUGAGUUUUUAGGCCGGUUCUCCAUCAGUCAGAGAUUGUUCGGCGAGAAAGUUCUAGGCCUCUCGCAAGGUUCUGUGAGCGAUUUGCUGGCGAGGCCGAAGCCCUGGUGCGUUCUGACGCAGAAAGGUCGAGAGCCCUUUGCCAGAAUGAAGAUGUUUUUAGAGGACCAGGAUGGC